AUGGAAGCUGUAUGGACACGAGAAAAUAUACGUUCAUUGCAAAAUUUACUUAGGGAUCCCGAGUUGGAAGAUAAUAGUGAUCAGGAUGACGUAAUAACUCCAAUGUCUAAAAUGAAACCGGGCGAUAUUGGUCCCAAGUGUCGUUCUGAAGUCAAGAAAGAAAAACCUAACGUGAAACAAAAGAAUCCUGAUGAUAUAUGGGAUAUUGAUGAAAUACCAGAAGGUACACAGCAUGAAGAUAUAUAUGAUCCGCGCCCUCAGCCCAAAUAUGAAAUAGUGUAUCAGCAAGCAGUAACAGCUGAAGAUGUCUAUUUACAACUUGGUAGAAAAAAUCCAACGACAGCUUGUUGUGAAUACAUGAUUGUCAAAGUAAUACUUCCAGAUACACGACUGUCUGACAUUAUUCUAGACGUCAAAGAAACAUUUCUUGAUCUGAGAGCACCUAAGUAUAAGCUUGUAUUAUAUCUACCAAAUCCUGUUGAACCAGAUUCAAGUAAAGCAGCUUGGAAUGAAGAUAAAGAAACAUUAGAAAUAACAAUGAAAAAUAAAAGAGAGUAUGAUUUUAUAAAUGAAUAA